UAUGGUUUUCCACUUGAUGAAGAUCACAAGAGGCCCUCAACACCCUCUCAUUUCCCAUCAACCCCAUGCAUGAAUCCAAUUAAUUCCCAUCACCACCUUUCCCUCCCUCUCCAAACUUCCAAACUUCCCAACUCCACAACCACUUUCCUCUCUCCUAACAACUCAAUGUCCUCCGCCGCCGCCAAACCAUCCGCAUCCGGCAAAGACGAAAGCCGCAAACCGCAAGAUCCGGCCGUGAAAUGCCCCCGCUGCGACUCCCCCAACACCAAAUUCUGCUACUACAACAACUACAGCCUCUCCCAGCCCCGCCACUUCUGCAAGACCUGCCGCCGCUACUGGACCAAAGGCGGCGCCCUCCGCAACGUCCCCAUCGGCGGCGGCUGCCGCAAGAACAAGAAGCUCAAGCCCUCCCCCCGCCUCCCCACCGACGCCGCCCCCCUCAAAUUCUCCUCCGCCAUGGACAAUUUCCACCAAUUCGCUUCCAAUUUCGCCGAUUUGUCGCCGCAGCCGCCGUGCUUCGGCCUCGACCCCUCUCAAUUAGGGUUCAAGCAAGGGGAGGAUUUAGGGUUUCAGGAAAUGGCUCGCCACAGCAGCCUCGCGACCUCGAUUGAAUCGCUGAGCUCCAUCAACCAGGAUUUGCACUGGAAAUUGCAGCAGCAGAGGCUAGCGGCGCUCUUGGUCGGCGGCGACGGUGGUGGAGGUCAGACUCAGAAGGAAGGUUCUGGAAGCAUCGAGAAGGCGCAGACGAUCCAGUUUCAGAGCCUGGAAAAUCACAAGACGGAUGGAAGCUUCUCCAACACGGAGUGGUUCCUCAAUAGUAACAAUGCCGGAAAUUGGAGCGGCGGGAUUCAAGCGUGGGCGGAAUUGAGUCACUACACUUCCUCGCUGCCGUGAAAAGGUGUAGGCUUUAUAAAAAAUGUUGCUUAAUUAGUUUAAUCAAUGUGUGUGUACCAAUUGUAGCAUUUUGUUGUUGUUGUUGUUUUUUGUUUUUUUUUUUUCCUUUUUUAUAUAUAUAUAUAUGUGUGUGUCAAUUACAGUUACAUCAAGAACACAUGAUUAAUUACUUGAAGCUGUGUGUACUUAAUUAGAUACUCCA